AUGCCUCAUAUUCCCAGCGGACGAGAGCUUGAGCCAAUGCUUGUCCUGGCCAACAAUAUUAGAGAUAACGUCUUGGUCUUGAAUGCCUUCAUUUCUUCUAACUGCCAUCCUAGUCCUACCUUCUCUGCUGAUUCAGUGCCCAACAAAACCAUUAUUCCACCCACCAGCCCUGAAGAGAUCCAGGAUGCACGAGCUGCCCUCAUAAGUUCCGCAAGAACUUUGCUUGACCUUAUCUUGGGCCCAGUUGGAAUCCUGGAAGACAUUAAUAUAAUCUCAUUUGAGGAGCUUUCUUCUCGAUGCGGUCUUAACAUUAUCGAUUUGAAGCGAGUGCUUCGACUUGUCAUGACCAGGCAUGUUUUUGCAGAGCCGAAGUCUGGCUUCGUGGCACAUACUGCGACUACGAGAUUGUUGCAUGAAGACGAUAGAAUCCGUGCAUUUUCGGGUAUCAUAGCUGACGAACUAUUUCCAGCAUCUUCAAAGGGGUUCUCUCUCGCAAACAAUACAGAACUAGGUCUCUAUGAAGAGCUUCAAGCCCAUCCUGCUCGCGAAAAACGCUGGAAUCUGGCCAUGAGCGCGAUGGCCGCCAGAAUCGAUUUUGACUUUAUUCUAAACAAUUCUCACCUAUCAUCGUUGGCUCCCGGAUCAUUAUUCGUCGACUUCGGCGGUGGUAAUGGCACAAUCAGUAUCGGCCUCGCCAAACGCCUUCCUCAUCUCCGCUUCUUGGUGCAAGAUGCCGCGCCCCAUGCCCAUGCUCAAUCAUACACGGCAAAUGGAAUUCCAGUAAAAUCAACGGGAGAUAAUCAACAGGUGAUGUGGCAGACAUACGACUUCUUCACCUCGCAGAAAGUCAUCGGUGACGUUUACUAUUUCCGAAACAUCUUCCACAACUGGUCUGACUCCCAGUGUGUUCACAUUUUACGACAGCAUGUUCCUAUUCUUCGCCCAAAGACUAAGCUCAUAAUUGAUGAUUUUGCAUUGCAUGAGCCAUUGACCGUUUCCCAAUUUGAGGAGCGAAAGGCAAGAUCUAUGGAUAUCACGAUGCUUGCUUACUUUGGUUCUCAUAAGCGUACUAUUGAGCAGUGGUGGUCUAUCCUUGUCGAGGCUGACCCGCUAUUUACAUUGGAGAAGGUCACUCAGGACCCAAAACAGCCCAACACCAUUCUGCAAGUGAUGUUUGGAUAA